AUGUCGGACAAGGCCGAGGCCGUCUCCUUCCUGCAACGGCCCAACGAAAAGGGUGUCUCCGUGUAUUCGCAUUUGACCGAUGUGCUCGCCACCAUCCUCGCUUCCAACCCUGCCGAUGCACUCGGUGCGUUCGAGGCCCUCUCUGCAAAGGUCAAGUCGAGCUCCUUUGACCCUGCGGCCGUCACGGUGCCACCGCCGCCACCGACCACGGCGCCAGAGGUGCCCGACAGUGGCUGGCUGGAGAGGGACGCGGCCCUGCUCAAGCCGGGCUCCGAGGACGAGGCGGACGGACAGAUACCCCCCUCUCUCCUCGACGAUGCGCGGCUCCUCGACGCCGCGGGUGCGAGCCUGUCACCCGAGGAGACCUACCGUGCGCACCUCUCUCUCUGCGCGCUGCAGCGCACCGCAAAGCUGCAGAGCGUGCGCUUCUUCGGCAAAAUCCUCGGCACCGCAGCGGACUACUACGUUGCCGAGGCGAGACGAGCCGAGCCGCCCGAGCCGCCCGAGGCCAGCGAGCCGUCAGCGACGCCGGCAGAGGAGUAUGGCUCUGGCUGCAAUGCGCUCUCGUACUUUGUGACGCCGGAGCUCGGUGGCACAUGGGAGGAGCUGCCGAGCGUCACGCCAGAGGCGAUCGUCGCCGCGUCGCGGACGCGCAAGUUCUUCACGGGAAGCCUCGACGCCGACGUCUGCUGCUUCCCGCCCUUCCCCGGGACGGAGCGGCACUACCUGCGCGCGCAGCUCGCCCGCAUUGCCCAUGGCACGACGCUCUGUCCAUCGCACAAGUACGCCCUCAGCCCGGAGGGCGCCGUGGAGCCGGCGGACCCCGAGGCGGAGGGCGCGCUGCCACCACCAACCAGCUCGCAGCUUUGCGAGCCCGCCUCGCGCCACAAGAACAUGGGCAUUCUCGCCAUCGGUCGCUGCACCAACCUUCCGAGUCCCGAGGAGGCGGAGGCCGACGCGCCGCCACCGCAGCUAGAGCCGGAGAAGCCGGCGCUCCUGCCCAUCGAGGCUUCAGACUGGGCGCUGGUGGGGCCCGCGGCCCUCGGUGGCGGCGCGUCGGUCGUCUGGUCGCGCUCGCUUCGUUGGCCGGGGGCCAUUGCGGUGAGCGAGGCCAAGGAGGGCAGAUAUGCCAACCUCUACCUCGGCUACGGCCACCCGGUGGCCGCCGGGCCCAUGUCGCCCUCGCCGCCUCCCCCCAUCGAGGGCGACGACCCAACGGCCGAGCCGGUCGAGGCCGAGGACAUGCCGCUCGACGACGAGAACGCCGCCGUCCGCGAGGCAGCAGAGGCUGCCCUCCGAGCAGGAGCGGAGGAGUGA